AUGGUGGCAACGGGGGGGGCGGGUCCGGCGACGAUGGAUCCCUCGAUCAUGCCCGAUGAUGACGACCUGGUCUACGAAGCAGAGGUUCUCCGCAACCCCUACACGCUGAGGAGCUGGACGAAGUACCUGAAUGAGCGCAAGGACAUCCCGGUGAAGAGGAGGUACGUCAUCUACGAGCGUGCGUUGCGCGCGCUGCCUGGAUCCUACAAGCUUUGGCGGGCGUACCUAGGCGAGCGGCUCGAGGCGGUGCGGGCGCUGCCGAUCGACAGCCCCGCGUGGGACGCGCUGUGCAACACCUUCGAGCGAGCGCUGGUGACGAUGCACAAGAUGCCGCGGAUAUGGAUGGAGUACCUCGCCGUCCUCACGGGGCUGCGGAAGGUCACCAAGGCGCGGCGGUGCUUUGACAGAGCGCUCUCUGCGCUGCCGGUGACGCAGCACGACCGCAUCUGGGUCGAGUACCUCAAGUUCGUCCGCAUCCCGGGCAUCCCGAGGGAGACGGCCAAACGCAUCUACCGGCGGUACAUCAAGCUGGAGCCAGGCCACGCGGAGGAGUACGUCGAGUUCCUGAAGAAGCACGAGGAGUGGGAUGAGGCGGCGCGGAAGAUCGCGGAGCUGGUGAACGACGACGACUUCCGCUCCAUCCUCGGCAAGACCAAGCACCAGAUGUGGCUCGAACUGUGCGACAUCAUCACCAAACACCCGCAGGACAUCAAGGGACUCGACGUGGAGGCCAUCCUGCGCGGAGGUAUUCGUCGGUUCACGGACGAGGUCGGGCGGCUGUGGUGUGCGCUGGCGGACUUUUUCAUUCAGCGGGGGCUGUUCGAGUACGCCCGGGACGUGUACGAGGAGGCCAUGUGCGCGGUGAGCACGGUGCGGGACUUCUCGCUCGUGUUCGACGCGUUGACGCAGUUCGAGGAGUCGAUGGUCACCGCGCGCAUGGAGCAGCUGGGCGACGACGCGCAGGACGAGGCGCCCGAGGGGUCCGGCGCGGGCGACGUGGAGCGCAUGCGGCGGUUCGUCCUCGAGGACGACGGGAACGACAUCGACCUGCGGAUCGCGCGGCUGGAGCUGCUCAUGGAGCGGCGGCCGGAGCUGCUGUCGUCGGUGAUGCUGCGGCAGAACCCGCACAACGUGGCCGAGUGGCACAAGCGCGCGAAGAUCUUCUCGGACCGCCCCGCAAAGCAGAUCCAGGCGUACACGGAGGCGCUGCGGACCGUCGAGGCCGCGAAGGCCCUCGGGAAGCCGCACACGCUGUGGGUGGCGUUCGCGACAUUCUACGAGAAGAACGGCGACGUCGACAACGCGCGGGUCAUCUUCGAGAAGGCCACGCAGGCGGAGCUGCUGUACGCGGACGACUACGCGUCGGUGUGGUGCGAGUGGGCCGAGAUGGAGCUGCGCGCCAACAACUUCGUGGGCGCGCUCGAGGUCCUGCGGCGCGCCACGACCGAGCCGCCGGAGUACGAGGACGCGGCGCGCGCGGCCGCGGGCAAGCACUCGCUGCCCGUGCGGCUCCGGGUGUGGCGGCAGGUCCGCAUCUGGAACAUGCUGGUGGACCUUGAGGAGUCGCUGGGGACGCUCGAGUCGACCAAGGCGGUGUACCGGCGCAUGCUCACGCUCCGCGUGGCGACGCCGCAGACGGUGCUGAACUUCGCGCUGCUGCUGACGGAGAACAAGUACUGGGAGGAGGCGUUCCAGGCCUACGAGCGCGGGACGGCCAUGUUCCGCUACCCGCACGUCAAGGACAUCUGGCUGGCGUACCUGCAGCUGUUCGUGGACCGCUACGGCGGGAGCAAGCUCGAGCGCGCGCGCGACCUGUUCGAGCAGGCCGUGGAGGCCGCGCCGCGCCCCGAGCGCCGCGCGCUGUACCUGAUGUACGCGUCGCUGGAAGAGAAGCACGGGAUGGCGCGGCGGGCGAUGGCGGUGUACGAGCGCGCCCUGCGCGAGGUGCCGCGCGACCAGAAGAUGGCCGUCCUCGAGCAGUACGCCGCGCGGUCGUCGGAGAUGUUUGGCGUGGGCAAGGUGCGCGAGGUGUACGAGGCGGCCAUCGAGGCCGAGGGCGACGCCGCGCUCGCGGACAAGGACGUGCUCGACGUGUGCACGCGGUACGCCGGCCUCGAGCGGCGCCUGGGCGAGAUCGACCGCGCGCGGGCGGUCUACGUGCAUGGGUCGCAGCUGGCAGACCCGCGGCGCGACAAGGCCUUCUGGCAGGAGUGGAACGACUUCGAGGUCAAACACGGCAACGAGGACACGUUCCGGGAGAUGCUGCGGAUCAAGCGGUCGGUGUCCGCGGCGUUCGCGGCCAUCCACUUCAACACGACGAACGUGGAGGCGGCGGCGGUGGCGGCGGUGGAGGAGGAGUCGUUGAAGCGCAAGAGGGACGACGUGAUGGGCGCGCUCGAGCAGCAUGCCGCCGCCGCGGCCUCACAGCCCGCGCCUGGCACAUCCCUGCCAGGCUUCGUGUCGGCAGGCGUUGUGGGCAACACCGCCAAAGACGCGGAAGCCGGGGCGGCGCCCGACAACGCGGGCGCGGGCGCGGGCGCGGGCGCGAACCCGGAGAGCAUCGAUAUCGAUGACGUCGAGGAGGAGGAGGAUGUUGACAUUGCGCAGAAGGCGGUGCCUGACGCAGUGUUCGGCGGGCUGGCCAAGAAACAAAAGACGUGA